AUGACAUUCAAGGUAAUUUUUUCAUUUCUUUGUCAAAUUGGAAACACUAGGCUGGAUUAAUUUAGAUAAAUCUUACAUAAACUGAUAAAACGCUUUGAACAUCUUGUAAGAAUUAAUAGCAAAUUUGUUCAAUCUCUAACAUUUAGCUAGAAAUUCCCAAAAAUUGGGAUUUUUAGGCUCUAACCGAAUACUAAAAAUUACAGAGGCCAUCGGAAGAACGAUUGGCAAGAAAAAAGAAAUCAAAUCAACACCACUGCGUCAUCAAAACGAAACUCUCGCCACCACUCGUGCAUCACAAUUGAAGACUCCCAAAAACCAAUAUAUAAUAUUCCCAAUUUUUUGUAGAAUUUCUAUACUUUAUCUAUUGGUUUGCAAUUAUUGGAUUAUAAUAUUCAAAUUGCCUUCCAUUUUAUUAUGUGAAUGAAUACUCAUGUUAAAUAAAGCAUUCAUUUUUGAAGAACCUGAUAUUUAUUAGCCAAAAAACAAACGUUAGCACAUCAUUGCGCAGAUUCGCGACACUGGACGUUUAUAACGGCGCGAAUUCGCGACACUGUUCGCUUGUUACGGCGCAGAUUUGCGACACUGGUCGCUCAUUACGGCGCAGAUUCGCGACACUGGUCGCUUAUUGUGGCGCGAAUUUGCGACGCUGGUCGCAUACUGUGGCGCAGAUUCGCGACAAGGGUCGCUCUUAUUUAUUUUUGUGUGCGACUCGUUGGUCGCAGAUUCGCGCCAAACUGUCGCAGAUUCGCGCCAAACUGUCGCAUUUCAAGCGACCAUCGUCCCGAGUAUCGGGCGAUUCUCGUUUGACGGACGUGAAAACCAUUGCCAAUUCCUUCUCAAUUUUCAACGCUCACAACAGUUGCCUACAACUUGUGAGUGAAAUAUAUGAGCGUCUGGAUUUGUCGGUAAUCAGAAGUGGCCCAGAAUCGUUGA